GGCAUCUGUUGCAAACGUUAACUGUUUAUGUCUCAGUGAUCUUUUUUUGCCAGGCACACUACAGCUAACGUAGGCAACAUUAAACUAUUAUCUGUGUCUCGAGCCGACGUGGGAUUAGAUUGCUAAAACUGUGAAGAUGCAGCCUGCAGCAGCUAAGUGGUAUGACAGACGGGACUCCGUUUUUAUAGAGUUCUGCGUGGAGGACAGUAAAGAUGUGCACGUAAAUUUUGACAAGUCCAAAUUUGAUUUCAGCUGUAUCAGUGGAGCAGAUAAUAUCAAAAACCAGAAUACAGUGGAACUUUUUGGGGAAAUUGACCCUAAAGAAUCCAAACACAGACGCACAGACAGGUCUGUGUUGUGUUGUUUACGAAAAGCAGAGGCUGGGAAAUCAUGGCCAAGACUCACCAAAGACAAGACAAAGUGCAACUGGCUGAGUGUGGAUUUCAAUAACUGGAAAGACUGGGAAGAUGACUCAGAUGAGGACUUGUCAAGUUUUGACAAAUUCUCAGAGAUGAUGAACAGCAUGGGAGGGGAUGAUCUACCUGAUUUAGAUGGUGCAGAAGAUGAGCAUGAUUCUGCAGACAGCGAUGAUGAAAAAAUGCCCGACCUUGAGUAGAUGAAUAUGGAUGCCACCUCAGUAGUAAACAAAGCGAGUUAUAAGUCUGUUGAAGAGAGAGAUCGGACAUGAGUUGGCAGCCACGUUGGAGAGGAAACCUCAUCUCUCGAAACAGUUUCCAAAGCGAAACCCCUCAAGGGAGUGACUGUUGGAUACAGACAUGCACAGAGAUCCAUAGCGACAUACAGUGCUGUGCUUUGCUGUUCUGUUCUGCAUGGACAAUUCUGUUCAAAAUGAAAUGUUAUUGUUCAUUGACUUAAAUGACUGUGGGAUGUGCUGAUGUCUUACACCUUCUCUUUUUUUUUUGCAAUGUCAGGUUAUGUAUAGAACAUUGUGAUUUCUAACGAAGAAAAACAACUAAAAAUGCCUAUUUUCCAAAAAUGAUUUUUUUUAAUGACAGGUUUUUCCCUUUUAAUGUUUGUAUUGUAAAUUGCACUUAUUUUGUUGUGUUAAUUUAAAAAGUUCCGCUUGAAAUGGGUUUUCCAAUGUAUGCCAACAUCUGCAAAUAUUUAACAAUAAUUUCAUUCUUUUUAAAACAUAUUUCAGCAUUUAAAAUAAACAGAUAUGCUUGUGCAACUUA